AUGGCAGGAGGGGACACCUUGGUAUCAGUGAAUUACCAAAUUUUGGGGAAGGUGCAAGGGGUGUUUUUCUGCAAGUACACUCAAGCUGAGUGUAAAAAGCUAGGAUUGGUAGGCUGGGUCCAGAACACUGACGGGCACAGUCAAGUUCCCAUCUCCAAGGUGCGUCACAUGCAGGAAUAGCUUGAGAUGAGAAGUCCCAAAUCACACAUUGACAGAGCAAAUUUCAGCAAUGAGAAGGUCAUCUUGACGUUGGAUUACUCUGAUUUCCAAAUUGUGAAAUAA